CUUGCAACUAGACUGCGCUGUCAAGCGGCACGGCUCGGAGAGAGUUUGAGUCGCAGCAGUAAACGCAACAAGGGGAGCCAAAGUCAACAUUACUGCUUUGUAUUUGCAUAAUAUACAGGUUAAUUGCUUACUGACUGCAAAUGGAACGCAAAGCUAGCACUGCACGAAGUGACCUAGAGCAGAUGUUAGCCGAUGAAACCGCAGAGCCCAAGGCCCUGCCAUUAUCACUUUUACAGGACAUUACAGGUGAUUUCUCUGAUGACCAACAGAUUGGAAGCGGUGGAUUUGCAGUCGUUUAUAAGGGAAUAAUUGGCAAUAGGGCGGUCACCGUGAAGAGGCUGUCCAACGCUUUAAUGGAUGAAACGGAAUUUCAUCGAGAGGUUCAAUGUCUCAUGCGGGUCAAGCACAAAAAUGUAGUAAGAUUUUUAGGAUAUUGCGCCGACAGGCAAAGAAGUAUGGAAAAAAUUGACAAGAAACUUGUCAUGGCAGAUGUUCAUGAAAGAUUGCUUUGCUUCGAAUAUAUACCUAAAGGCAGUCUUGAUAAGUAUAUCAUGGAUGCAAGUCGUGAGUGGAGAACGUGCUAUAAAAUAAUUAAAGGGAUUUGUGAGGGUCUACAGUACCUUCAUGAGAACCAUAUUGUUCAUUUGGAUCUGAAACCAGCCAAUAUACUGCUUGAUGAUAGUAUGACACCGAAAUUAACUGAUUUUGGUCUAUCGAGAUGCUUCGACGAAAAUCAAAGCCAGGAUAUUACAAAAACUAUUAUAGGGACAAUGGGAUAUUUGGCGCCAGAACUUCGCGAAGGUGGUGUAAUUGCACGCAGUGCUGACUUGUAUAGUCUUGGUGUUAUCAUCAUUGAAAUACUGACUGGGCAGAAGGGGCAUCAAGCUACCGAUGAUGUAAUUGAAAGUUGGAGUGAAAGGUUGGAGAGAUCCCAACAAGAUACACUAUGCGAACAGAUACGAGUAUGCUACGAGACAGCUUUAGAGUGCAGAGACUUCGAUCCAAAGAAAAGGCCAACUAGUGCACUAAAUAUAAUUGAUAGACUUCGUGAAAUGGAAACAACCCAGGUAAAAAACACAUUCAAACUACGUGCUUUUUCGUCAUCGGUGAAGAAGCUCCGCAAGGGCGCCAUUGGCAUCUUGGAGGUGGACAUCCUUAGCGCACGAGGCCUGGUGAGCAUGAAGGAUAAAGAAGGGGGGCUCACCGACCCUUACUGCGUCGUCAAGUACGGCGAGAAGUGGGUGCGCACAGGCACGUUGUUCGCCACGGCGGUGCCGCAGUGGAACGAGCAGUACACCUGGAACGUGCUGGACCUCAACACCGUCGUCACCGUCGCAGUUUUCGACGACUGCCAUCUAUCCUCCUCGCAAGGGGGUGAUGACCAGCAGAUGGGCAAGGUGCGCAUCCGCCUCGCCACCCUCGAGACCAACCGCAUGUACAGCCAACACUACCCGCUCAUGGUGCUCACCCCGACGGGGCUGAAGAUGACCGGCGAACUCCAGCUCGCCGUCCGCUUCACCUGCAGGUCGUGGGCCAAAAUGCUGGCCACGUACGGCAAACCGCUGCCUCCCACGAUACGCAUACACCACACCGACCCGAUCACGAUGCCGCAGGUGGACCCCCUCUGGUUGCAGGCGGAGGCGGUGCAGAGGGUGGUCACGCGGCUGGCCAGGGCAGAGCCGCCACUGCGGAGGGAGGUGGUGGAGUACAUGCUCGACGUAGACCCACAAAUGUUCAGCCUGCGUCGUAGCCAGUCCAACUUCCAACGCAUCGCCUCCCUCUACUCUGGCGCCAUCGCCGUCGCCAAACGGUUCGACGACAUUUGCGAGUGGAAGAACCCACUGUCGACGAUUCUGGUCCACGUGAUGUUCCUGUACCUGGUGUGCUACCCGCAGCUGAUCCUGCCGAUGGUGCUCGUGCUCAUGGUCAUGAUCGGGGUGUGGAACUACCCGCGGCGGCCGCAGAAUCCGCCGCAUAUAGACACGGUGCUGUCGUACGCAGAUCAGGCGCAGCCCGACGAGCUGGAAGAGGAGUUCGACACGUUCCCGACGUCCACGCCGGAUGACAUCGUGAAGCUGAGAUACGACCGGCUGCGGAGCGUCGCCGGCACGUUGCAAAGGGAGCUCGGCGACCUGGCUAUGCACGCGGAGCGCGCGCAGUCGCUGCUUAGCUGGAGAGACCACAGGGUAACGCCCAUCUUCAUCCUGCUCUCCCUGGUGGUCGCCGUCGUGCUGUACUGGACGCCGUUCAAGGUGGUGGUCGUGGUGAUGGGGCUGUAUUUCCUCCUGCCCUCGCCGUUCCGGUCCAGCAGGAGGAGGACCAGCAUGGUCUUCAACUUGUACAGCCGUCUACCCUCCAAGGAUGACUCGAUGCUAUAAGGACUUUGAUUACGUUUUCACCAGGCGCUUUAGUGCUUAUUUUGAUGAAGAGCAAUGCUACACGUAUGAAAGCUAACGUGAGGAUUUUACGAGGUAAUUAAUUGGAUCGAGAUUAACGGCUGGGCCCCACCCUGGUUAAAAUCAGGGGGCAGAGGAGAGGAUUUGGGGAAGGUUUAGUGUAGAAUUAUUGUUUGAUGAAAUAGGUUGGGGCGCUGCCAAUUCAUUAGAAGAUGGUGAACUUGUCUUGAUCUUGCAUCUUUCAUUCAUUUCUGCGACAAGUAAUUUCUGACGGAGUGAGCAUGCUUGGUUCAAUCAAGAGAUCAAACCUGCAUGCAAGGGCAUUCAUACAAGAAUAAAUGCUCAAUAAAAGCAUGCUUAUUUUGUGCUUUGAUUCUUCUUUUAGUAAUGAUGCAUCACU